CUUUUCAUUCAUUUUUUGAAGAUUUGAUUAGUUAAUCAUUCAAACUGUAAAUAUUAACCACCAAAAUUAUCAUUUUUCUUACUAUUUCUAUUAGUUAGUGAAUAAUACAUUAAAAUUUGUCUCAUGAUUUAAAAAGUAACUAUGUCGUAAUCGUAAACUUCCGGUGCGGUUGAGCACAUUGUCAAUCAUAGACAUAGGCCCAACCAUCAUAUGUGGACUUUAAAGAUUGAAUCCAGAACAGACAGAUAUGGCAGAUGCAUCAGAAAAUGAGAACUACAGUGAGAGAGUGAUUGGAGGGGUUCUAGAUUUAUCCUCAGAAGAUCUUGUCACUCUCCCUCCUCAAAUUGUAAAUGGAAUCGGGCCAGAUAUUACUAAACUACAGUUGGAUUUUAAUGAUAUUAAAGAGUUGCCAGCCUCUUUUGGAGAGGUUUGUGUGAAUCUCCAAGUGCUUUCAUUGGUUGGGAACCAACUGAAGGAGUUUCCUCAAAGCAUAGGGAAUCUGUCUCAGUUACAGGAGUUACUUGUGAAUGAAAAUGAACUCCGGAAUCUCCCAGACUCAAUCUGCAAAUUGUGUCACUUAGAAGUAUUGAAAUUGACAGCCAACCAAAUUCAAAUGCUUCCCAAUGACCUUGGUGAAAUUUGUAGCCUAAAAACCUUUUACUGUGAUGAAAAUAAGUUGACAAAAUUGCCAUUAACUUUGGGAUUGUUCACCAAUCUUGAGAUUUUGGAGCUGAGCGAUAAUUCCCUUGUUGUUAUUCAGGAGGGCAUUGGUCAGUUAAGAUCUCUAAAGAUAUUCAAUGUGUCAAAUAACAAACUGGAAAAGAUUGACAAUAGUUUAGGAGAUCUUGAAAAUUUGGAGAUUGUGGAUAUUUCAGGAAAUCAUUUGGAAAGCUUACCAGAUCAUUUUCAUUCUGUGAAAUGUGUUCAAAAAUUUUAUGCUGAUCAGAAUCGACUGGCAGACAUUCCACUAUGGGUGGCGGACAUGAGCGAGGCUUUGGAAAUCUCUAUGAGUGACAACCAGUUUUCAAAAUGUGCCAUAAAUGAGAAAAUGGGAUGUACCUGUACCAAAUUAACUUUGUUGGACAUCGGAGGAAAUUUCAUGGAUCAGUUACCAGAUACUUUCGGAAGCAUGAAGAAUAUAGAGACACUGAGACUUGGAAGUUGUAUUGGGGAACUAGAAAGGAGAGCUUUUCAAAAUGGCAACUGGUUGACUUAUCUUCCAAGGAGUUUUUGUGAAUUGACAAAAGUAACUGUUCUGUAUUUGGAUGAAAACUUGCUCCAAGAACUGCCUGAUGAUUUUGGAAAUCUUGUAAAUCUGGAAUUUAUCGAUUUAGGUCAGAAUGCACUGCAUGAGCUGCCAGAAUCCUUCUGUAAGCUGAAGUCCUUGAAAGUCUGCCAACUAUCAAAGAACAAAAUUCAGAUUCUACCCUCAGCAUUUGGAGACCUUUCUGCACUACAGGAUCUUCGUCUGGAUAACAACUUGCUUGAGGAACUACCAGAGUCUUUGAACAAGUUGACAGGUCUGAAGUCAUUGGAUUUGUUCAACAACAAGUUAACAGAAAUUCCAGAGGCUUUAGGUUACUUCAAACAAUUGGUGCGACUAGAUUUAUCAGAGAAUUGCUUCAACAUUCCUUGGUACGAUGUGCCACAGAUUGUCAGACAAUCACACUACCCACCACGUAAUCCAGACCUGAAAAAUAACUGGCGAGGCCGUGCUAGACAAGAUCUGUCCAUGAUGGAGAACAAAAUCAUCAAGAUGGAUGUGACAACAGAAGAGUUGGACUUUGAGCCUCCACCUAAGGACCUUGGAUUCAGUGAGAACCUCCUGCGUGAUGCUGUGGAGCACGGAAUGUCCUUCUGGAGAUCACAUGAAGGGAAAGGAAGAAGACAAAAGUUUGUCCGCAGGGAUGAUUUCAACUUCCUUCAGGUCGGAAAAAAGAGAUACCCCCAGGAAGAAGAGGAUGAGGAGGAGGAAGAUGACACUGAAGAGGAGAGUGAAGAAGAAGAUGACUACGAGCCUCCUAUAUUUCACCCAAAAGGAAAUGUCUGCAGUCCGGUGUCUAGUAACAUGAUGGAUGAGGGAUAUAGAGCUGUUACCGAGGCGACACAGGAAGAAGAGAACUGGGACGAUGAGUUGGAAGAUGUAGAUGAUCCUUUUGACAUUCAGUAUGAUGACAAUUACUUUAAUAAUAUCUACCAGCACCCCAGACCAAAGACACUGGCCGAGGCAGGAUAUGUUGUAGAUGACCAUUUGUGUCUUCCCUAUGAUAUACAUGUUCAACCAGUGGCUAAAGAUAGGACAGAACAUCAGGUGGAGGCGGGGCAAUUUGAUGAUGACUCGGAGGAAGAUGUCACGUGACCAAGAAAAGAGAUCACAUUAUAAUGACUCAGGGGAAAACC